GGUGGAACCAUCGCGGAGCAAUUCCUGGAAGCGAGAGCUCCCAUUGGCUGAGCUGCAACGAUUUGGAAACAAGUCAUGUGAUUGCUGUGAGCUACAGAACCAAAACAAAUCCUGACCGAGUCGAAACUAAUUCGAAAUACGCUGCGUUUUUAGAACUAAUUGCUGCUUUAAGUGAUACCAACAGCUACUGAAAGCUACGCGACAUUCGUACGAGUGCAAACGACUGACUGCCACUAAUUUUUUUGUGAAGAAAAUCGUCUGAAGGCCCCGGUGAACUCCCAUCGAGCCGCAGCCUUGGAGGUUCCCCGAGAUACUGCGCUGGGCCCGCCAGCCAUGCUGGGCUCGGCUGAAUGGGCAGCAGCGCGCGGCUGGGCGCCGGCCGCCCCGCGCGCUGCACAGGACCCGUUGCGGCUGCCCGAACUCGAAGGCAGCGUCGACCCGGACCAGUGGCUGUCCGUGGAGAGCCUCAGCUUCGAGGCUGGGCUGUACGGGCCAGAGCCAAAGGAAGAGAAGGCCGACCUGGCCGAGGCUCUGUGGGAGCUCGAGGCCGACGACCCGUACUCUCGAGUACCCGACAAGAACGAGCCGGGCGACCAGAGCCCCUCUUUCUGGGCAAUGGACUUCGAACUGAGCAAGUUGGAUGCCAUGUUGAAGCCCGACAAGCAGCCUCCGCCGCUCAAGGACCCUACGCUGGCGGAGCUGAAUGCUGACGAGUCCGGCCUCGACGGGCUGGACGUCAACGACAUCCUACGUGACUUCCAGCAACAGACCAGCUGGAGCAGCUUCACGGCGCCGUCUCAGUUGGCCGACCUGUUGGCGAGGCCUGUGAAGACCGAGAUCCUGACGCCUGUUCUCUCUACGAGCGUGCCGGCAUCGACCUGCCUCGCUGUGCCAGCCCCGCCACUGCAGCAGGUCUCCGCCGAGCCAGUGCUGCAGCGUGCCAUGCUCGCUCAGGCCGAGCCUGUACAGGCGAGCCCUGCGGCGCAGUCAGCGCCCAGCGAGGUGCCGGCGAGCGGCAAACCGCGCUCGCGCAUCCUGGCCGAGCGGCUUUCGUGCUCGGCGCCCGAGUCUCAGUUGAGCCAGCUGUCCAUGGACGAGGGCUUCAGCAGCCAGGACUCUGACGAGGCGCUCACGUCGGACGCCGAGUCGCAGGCGAGCCAAGAGGCUGUCGAGCCGGGAUCGCCGGACGGUCAGAAGAAAAAGAAGCGCUACUUUUGGCAGUACAAUGUGCAGGCAAAGGGUCCCAAGGGCCCUCGUCUGUCCAUGGCGCGUGACUCGGCCGAUCCGCACGUGCUGCAUGACGUCACUGAUCCCGUGUUCAGUCCGGAAUGCCAGCUCGAGGGCGUCAAGCACGCGGGCAAAGCGCGUCGUGGCGACGGCAACGAUCUGACGCCUAACCCCCGCAAGCUCUACAACAUCGGUAUGGAACUGAAGAAGCUGGGUCGUAUCAUCAAUGAGCUCACGCCUGUUAGCGAGCUACCCUUCAACGCGCGGCACAAGUCGCGCAAGGAGAAGAACAAGCUGGCCUCGCGCGCCUGCCGCCUCAAGAAGAAGGCCCAGCACGAAGCCAACAAGCUCAAACUGUACGGACUGCAGCAAGAGCACCGACGACUAAUUGCUCUUUUCGAGGAAGCCAAGAAGCUUUUGCGCGACAAGGUGGAAAGCCACCAAGCAGACAGGCGGGAAGCUUCAUCUGCUCAUCUUGAAGCUUUGAUUAAAAGACAUGUUUCAGUCAAAGUGGCUGGACACACGACUGAGUUUGUGAACAGAGUGCUAAGCAGCAUCGCAGCAGGAAACCCUGAUGGAGGCCUCUCGGAACUGUGAGCCUCCUGUCUUGUGGCUGCUGCCGAGCCAGCCUGAGCAGCCUCUCCCUCAAGAUUGGGAGCCCUUACUUCGCAUUUUCGGUUGUUAACGGUGCUGUGAUAUAAAAGUGAGCUUGUUGUACAACAGGGGAACCGCGGGCUGUAUUCCCCCUUUGGGAGUCUGUUCUGGCGUCGGUUGCAGGCUUCUUAAUAAACACUAUACGGGUCACCCUGCUUUGAUGCUUGGUCAGGUACUGUAUAGGCCUUGCAAGAGGCCAAUCAUUGAUCAUGUGAGCACAUUGAGAAAGACCUCUACCAGAGGCUUCUUUUCUGCUCUGAGGCUUGCCUCCUCUCAUUUAUAUUUGUUUUGAAAAGUGCUUUGUCGCAGUUAUGCCUGUUAGUAUUUAAUGCUGACAGACACAAGACAGUCCACCAGAUAGUGUAACAAUAAGGCUGUCCCAUACGUGCAUUUUGCUUGCCUGAAUUGUAGUCGGCUAUAGUACUGCAGUUUUGAAUGCUGCUAGAAGGCUUUCAGAAUAAAAUACUUUUUUGUUUUAGAAUUGUUAUAGUGUCAUUUUUCUGUCGGGUGAAAUGAGUGUGUUGCAUUGUUUUGCGCAAGAGCAAUGAUAUGGGUACUAUUCGAUAAUAGCUACUUUAUACAUAUGUAAAUAUGCAUGUUGUAAAUAUGAGUGUUACUUUUUUUUAGAUAUAUAAGUGUGCUGUUGUAGAAAGCAUAAAUCAUAGUUUUAUGCACUGUUGCCCAAAUGUUUUCCUGUGUAGUUUGAUUUGUUCUUUUUUUUUUUUUUUCAAGUUCAAAGUUGCCUCAGGUCAUCAGAAGUGCAAGGUAGUUGUGAGACCUGACUAUACAAAAUCCUGAAGGGAACAACCAAGCAUGCAAUACCACAGCACAACAUGUACCGCUAUCGGCACCAUGCUUUUGUUGUUGUAGAGCCAUGCUAUGGCAAAGAGCUAAGGCAUGGGCCUUCAGAAAAUUCAAGUCAGUGAAACACUAGUCAUUUGAGUGCCUUUCUUGUAAUCUGCUGCUUUACAGGAAGUUACUAGGCAAAUUGUAGAAGGCUGUGCCUGAAUAGCAGCAGUUGCUUGUAACUCGCUACACUUAAAAAUAAUGUCCAACUCCCUACCUUCCCUCAACCUGUUGUAUAUGUUGUUCGAGGUUAUUUUCAGAAUUUACUUUUUUUUUUCUUUUUUAGCUGGCGGGCUGGGAUAAUACACAUUGGUUCCUUACUGUCAUUCUAAAAAGUUUACAAAGAGUUCUGUUGCUUAGAAGCUAGCAGCCCAUCUUGAGCUUUGUAUUUUCUCUACAAAUCUACACAUUUCUUCUCGAUUGCUGUGGCUACCUUGUACUGCACCCAGGGCGUGCAGUCUCAUCCAAUGCCAUUCAUGGCAAUGAUGGAACCCUGUUGUGUUAACUCUGCUGUGUUGUCCAUUUUGAGUGUAUGGACAACCAUAUGUUUAUUGCAUUGUUGGUGUGGCUUUCAUGUGAGCUUCUUGUUUGCCUCACAUGCGUUCUGUUCUUCAUAGUUCUCUUGGUUGGCUUGCUGUGUCACGACAGAAUGGUCACGGCUAGCUGGAGUAGCAGGAUGCAAAAGCGGAGAUGUGCAAUGACGUUUUGUUUUUGGACUCGCGUUGCCACCUGCACACCAAUCCUGUGCUGGUUGAGUGCACCAUGGAUGGAGAGAUGUACAAAACCAAUAUUUUUGUAAAGUGCGUGUCUUGUCUAGUUAUUUUACAGUACCUGCAGUGUGAAAAGUAGCUGUUACCACUUUGUGGUAUCGAUAUAUAUACAUAUAUAUAAAUACAUAUUUUCCCUCAGCAGAUCUGCCAUCUAAGCUGAUCUGAAGGCAUUACUUGGCAGCUUUCUCAUUCCAUUGUUGGAACUGUGGGCUACUCUGUUUUCUUGUUCCAAGUGUUUUCUUUUUGUCACCCUUUGUGUUAUAUAGCAGCCUUGCUUGAGGGCCUUGAAGCUGCAGUGCUCAAUGACAAAAAAGUUAUAAACUUUAAAAAAUACACACUUUGUCUAUGCCCUCCAUCUUGUUGAAGCAGUGGCAUUAACUUAGGUUCAGGGCAUUCACUUUCUUAAUUGUGGCAGUUGUGCGUGUGUGCCAAACUAUGGAAGCCAGUCAGUCGAGUGGGUGCACACAGACACACACACACGAAGCACCUUAUGUCCUGGUGGCAGUCUACAAGUCACGUUUUUAUGUUUUUAAUAUAUAUAUAUAUGUAUACAGCUGUGGCAACACUCCUUCCUGCUAUUGUGGGAUUUGUACUUCAAUCCAGCAACGGUUUGAUAUACUGGAGUAUUGCCCACCUAUGUAGUCAUGCUCUAUCGGUGCCAACGUUAGUCGCUUUAUAUCUGCAUGUACACCAGGGGCACACACUCCCAAAUGGGGGUAGGGCAUUCAAGUAGUGUGUUACACAAGUCAUUUUAGCCGCAUUAUUUUGCCACAUUGUACACUGCACCAUGCAAGUUCCUGGUUCACGAAAAUCACUAGUUUACACACUUGUUACACACAACUCAAAAGAAGUGGAGCCCUGCAGACAAUAUUUUUUCCUGCCCUUAUGGCUACCACUGGUCAUGCAGUGAGACAUGGACAUUUGUAUUGCAUUGUAAAGGCUUCGCAAAAAGAAAGUCAUCUCGAUGCUUGCAAUGUUGCAAAAUGUGCGUAUCAGUGUGCUAGUGCAGUGUGGCAAAAUAAGCGCAAGCUAAAUUGACAUUACUCCAACAGAUAUGACAGAAGGUAACGCAUAGCCACCCCCUCACAUUGCACGUUCCAGCUGUUUGUAAAAGGAACACAUGACUGUGCCUUGGUACUCUCAAUAUCUUCGCAAAGCAAUUUAAGGCCCACCAUCAGCUGUCUCUACUUGUUACAAAACUGUUGUACAGAACUUCACACUCUCUCAACCUAUUUUAGUAUGGAAACCAUCUUGCAGGGGAUUUGCUGUGCAAGAGCAGGAAAUGAGAUGAAGAUGUCACGUUUAUCUACAGAAUAUGGCAGCAGCGCUGGGAGUUUUUAUGUUUUCCUGUUGAGUAUGUACAGGCAUGUUAUUUGUCACCCUUGUCCGAUGUAUAGACUCUGACAUCUGACAUAAAUUGGGGGGUCAGGAGGGGGGGGGGGGGGGCAUGUGCUAUGCUUUACACAAGUUCCUCGCUUCAACAAUUGAAACCUUCUGGUACCAUGAUUGUGAUGAGAUUGUACAGAGAAGUGCUUAUACUGGAUGUAAAAGUGCUUGUUUAUUCUUCUUAUGAAUAAAGGAUCAUGUUGCAA